AUGCAACACACUAAUCCAAAAGAGCAGCAGCUGCAGCUGCGGCACCAACAACAGCGCUGCAGACAACAUCCGCGGCAAGGUGGCAAAGAAAUCGGUGCUAAGAAGAUUUGGCUGCCGCUUAUCAUUUUCCUUUCACUGCAGGUUGCUCUGGUCUUGGCGGACGACGUUGAGGUGGUGAAGGCCAUUGCUGGCGGACCCGACGACGACCUGGCCCUCGCCCUAUCCGAGCACGAGAACGAGCUCGACCAGAUGGCCCAGGAGUCGGAGCAGGAGCAGCAGCAGCAGCAGGCUCAGCAGCAGAUGCAAAUGCAGGUUCAGCAGCAGCAGCAGCACCAACAGCAGCAGCAGCAGCAGCCACCUCCACAGUCGGUGCUGGUGCCCAAGGUGCAGGUGCACUACCAGCACAACAUGCCCCCGUCCCCGCCCCAGUUGGGUCUCACACUGCGCAGCAACCACCAGAACAUUCCCCUAAGUUUUGGCCAACCCUUUGGACCUCCGCCGCCGCCUGGAGCCCAGUUCUACAAAGGACCACCCCCACCGCCCCAGCGCCAGUCCCAACAGCAGCAGCAGCAGCAACAGCAACAGCAGCAACAGCAGAUGCCCCAGCAGGUACAGGUGCAGCAGGUGCAGGUGCCCGACCUGAGUGUGGGUGCCUCCAGCAACAACGAAAUCUGGGCCUCGCCCGUGCAGGAUAUGCCCAAGAUCGUGUCGCUGGACGUGAAGUGCGAGAAGAACGGCAUGAAGGUGUUUGUCCAGUUCGACAAGCCCUUCAACGGGAUCGUGUUCUCCAAGGGCCACUACAGCAAUAUGAACUGCGUGCAUCUGCCGUCCGGAUUGGGCCGGACCUCUGCCAGCUUUGACAUCGGGCUGCAUGAGUGCGGCACCGCCGGGAACACGGACAACUACAGCCAGGGCUACGGACACGAUCAGAGUGUUUCUGGGGCGGGGACGGGGGCCGGCACCUACUUCGAGAAUAUCAUUGUAAUCCAGUACGAUCCGCAAGUGCAGGAGGUGUGGGACCAGGCCCGGAAGCUGCGCUGCACGUGGCACGAUCAGUACGAGAAGAGCGUCACUUUCCGGCCCUUCCCCGUCGACAUGCUGGACGUGGUGCGGGCGGACUUUGCGGGCGACAACGUCGGCUGCUGGAUGCAGAUCCAGGUGGGCAAGGGCCCCUGGGCCUCCGAGGUGUCCGGGCUGGUAAAGAUAGGACAGACCAUGACCAUGGUGCUGGCCAUCAAGGACGAUGACUCCAAGUUUGACAUGCUGGUGCGCAACUGUGUCGCCCACGACGGCAAGAGGGCUCCCAUCCAGCUGGUAGAUCAACGGGGCUGUGUGACCAGGCCCAAGCUCAUGUCCCGCUUCACCAAGAUCAAGAACUUCGGGGCCUCUGCCUCAGUGCUGUCUUACGCCCACUUCCAGGCCUUCAAGUUCCCCGACUCCAUGGAGGUGCACUUCCAGUGCACAAUUCAGAUCUGCCGCUACCACUGCCCCGAGCAGUGCUCCUCCGAGACGAACCUCCAGGAUGUCCAUCACCUACAGGUGGGCCCGGAGUCCCAGUAUGGACCACCACCCCCGCAGCUGCAUGUGGAUGCCUACCACGUGGCGAGUGCCAUUGGCAAGAGGCGCGAUGAGCGCAGGGUUCAGCGUCGGGCCCGAGCCGUGGCCGAGCCCCAGGUGGGUCUGAACCGCAUCAUCAAGGUGGUUUCCUCCGGGGAUCUGACCUUUGCCAUUGACGAACAGGGCGGCAACGCCACCAACGCCUCCGGAUCCGGCUCGACUGCGCAGACAAUGGUAUUCCCCGUGCGAGAGGAGGGACUAAUCUGCAUGACCACGCCGGGCUUCGCCAUCACGCUGAUCGUGCUGCUGGGCAUCCUGGUCACCUCCUGUCUCACGUCUGCCAUCCUGUACGUCCGCCUGCGCCCCUUCUCCUCAUUCACCGCCAAGGAGCGGGCCGUUGCCUUCACGAAUCCCCAACUGGCUGCGGCCGCCGCAGCCGGCGCGCUGCCCGUCCUCCAGCUGGCGUCGCCGGCGGAUGUUCAAGGCACUCUCUCCAAGAAGCGGGCGCUGUCAUGAGCU